UCAGCACGAGGUUAUUUUUACAUGCGAUCUCUGAACAAACAUGUGGAGCAGCUAAGAAACUAGUUUUGGUGAAGCUGUGGUGCAUUUUAAAUCAUUUUAGGAGAGAAAUGAGAGGGGAAAGCCACUGAGCAGCGGUGGCCACCACGGUGAACAGCUGAGGUUUCGAGGCUCCACAAAGAAAAAGCAGAAACUAUUAGAGCUGUUCAUGACUUCAAUAUGUAGAGAAUAAAGUCCGCUAUCGGCUCCCUUCACUGUCAGCCCUCAGCACCUCUCCCACGGGGAGUUUUCACUGUUUUUUCGGUGAGGAGAAAACACAAGUGUCCCGGUGUUGAGACUGCACGGAGGAGCCGGGGCUGGGCUGAGUCUCCACGGUUCUCAUGGUGUGUUUAAGUACCGCCUCCUGCUCCGGGCUUUUCAACAGUCCGCUUGUUGUGUUUUGGUCACUGCUAGUUGAGCCUGAGCUAAGAGGAAAUAAUGGCAGAGGUAGCCCCAGCCGCCGCUCGGGCUAAGGCAGAUAAACGCAGGGCCCCCAGACCUAAGAAGGACGGCCCCACCCUCGGGGAGCUCGUCGUGAAAGCCGUGGCCGCAUCCAGGGAGCGGAGCGGCGUGUCAUCAGCCGCCCUGAAGAAGUCUCUGGUCGCCAUAGGUUAUGAUGUGGAUAAGAACAAGGCCCGCGUCAGGACUGUCAUCAGGGGCCUGGUAGCAAAGGGGACUCUGGUCCAGAUCAGGGGAACCGGAGCGUGCGGCUCCUACAAGAUAAACAAGAACGCUGAAACUAAUGCCAAGAUGUCCGCUCCUGUAGCAGCCAAGAAGCCAGCAGCUAAAACGUCCCCCAAGAAGGUCAACAAACCUGAACCUGCCAAGAAAGCAGCCAAGAGCCCCAAGAAGGUAGCAGCCAAGAAGUUCAUGUUGGAGGUGUAAACUACAUCCACCUGAGUGUCUUCCAAGCACUUCCGUGCGAUGGAGGACAGGUUGUGUUGCGUGGUGUGCAAGAGCAUAAAACCGAAGAUGACCCUCUCGUACCUUUCUAAAGUGCUCACACUGCCUGUGUCAGCGGUUGCAGUGUCAUAUUAAAACGCUCUGCUUCUUUUAUUUUGAAAUGAUUCUACACUGCAAUUUUCCUUUAAAAGUGAUUUGAACUUUUGACUUUAAAUGAAUUAAUUAUCUAGAUUUAUCUGGUGUUGGGCAGGAGCGAGCUGAAUGCACUACUUUCUAAAAAGAAAUAAAAAAAGCAUUUAAAAAUCCU